CACUCAUUAUUCAAUCACAAUCCCAAUCAUAAAAAAUACAUAUAUUUGGUAUACCAAAUAUCGAUAAAUUCAAUACAUUAUUCUGUAUAUCCUAAAUACCGAUACAAAACUUUCGACCAUAAAUAUAAGCGUUAGACGAAAGUGCCAAAUUAUAUAUAUAUAUAUAUGGGGAGUUCUACGGUACCCUGGGUGAAAUUCAGGAUACCGUAUACCUUGAGUAAGAAAACGUUAUUCAGAACUUGAAUUGACUGAUCUUUCGGAUAUGAUACUACACUCUAACCCUUAAAGAUCAAAAUCUAGGUCUUAAUUCUCUAAUCUUAUACCACAAGAUCAAUUUAAUUAGAAACAAUAAUCGACGGUUAUGAUUCGUCCAAAUAUAGGCAAAAAAAUCAAUUCACCAUCUUAGGGUUUAUAGUUUAUGAUUUAGAUCAUUUGGACCUAAGGUUCACUCAUUAAGGGUUAGGACAUAGUAUCAUGCCCAAAAAUCCUGCUAAUUCGAGGUCUAGAUAGCGUUUUCAUACUCAAGGUAUGCGGUACCCCGGAUUUCACCCGGGGUAUAGUAGAAGGCACCAUAUAUAUAUAUAUAAACUAAAUAUAAACUAGAUGACUGCCAAACAUGGUUGUCACGCCGGCCGGCGUGCCACCGGUUGUACCAGGUUCAACCGAUACCAGUUAUAAAACCGGCGUGACACCACCGGCAUGAUCGAUAUACGAAUCUCUAAGUAAAAUGAUCUUAUUUUAGCGAAUUUAAUUGAUAAAAAUUAUUUCAUUAUUUAUUUUAUGAGUAUAAAAGUUAAAUAUUGAUGUUAUUUGUUGGAUUCAAGUAUAAAUAUUUAGAUAUUGACGUUAAAUGUCAUGUUUAAAUAUGAGGAUUUAUAAUUUUAUUUGUAAUAUUGACCGGCAUGAACCGGCACAAAUCGGUAUGUGCCACCGGUCGAACCAUUCCACUUGCUAAACUGGCACACUGGUAUAAACCGGUUUGACAACCUUGCUGCACGAUGAUCGAGUUUGGAAUGCUGGCUUUUUAUAAUUUUAUUACGACCUGAAAAAUAUAAGUGAUCACUCUGUCAGGUUUUGAAGAUUGAAUUACUAUUUUGGUACAUUUGAGUAUAGUUUAGUGACCACUAUGAAAUUCCUAGUCCUGACUCUUGUUCAACGGAAGUGACUCGGACUUUGGGGCGUGUUUGACGAACGACCCUAUAGUUCCCAGAGUCGGAAUGUGGUUAGUUGGUUCAGACUUCAGGCGACGGAGAAAGAAGAAGAAGGAGAUUUUCCGGAGCGCGGUGGCGCGGUUGUCGUCGGGCGUGGGGAAGGAAAGGAAUCCCAACAUCUAAGAAGGUAACAGUAAUCUGAAAUUAGGGGUUUUGGUGGAGAAGAAGCAACCUUGGGGGAAUCUUUUGCCGCGCCCUGCUUCUUUUGCGGCGUUUGAGGAUUUCCUCUUCGGCUCUUCCUUCAACCCCUCCAUCAGUUCUAUGUAUUAAACCCAAAUCACUCCUCCUUCCUCUUCCCUCUCCAACUCCAAUAUCACAUCUCCGCCGCCGCCUCCGCCGCCGUACCAACGGACCCGAUCCGACCUGCCCAUAUGAAACCCCUCCGCCCCUUUUCCUACCUCCUAUGCAUCUUCUCGUUCCUAAUCGCUGCAAGUGCAGUGCUCUGCUCCGCCGCUGCUGCCGACGGCGAAACGGCGGUGGUUCUUCCAUCAGCAGCAGCUCCACCGUGGGCGGUUGACUUCAGUCAUCGGUCUCCAUCUGCCCGCUCUCUCAAAUCCUUCUCCUCGGAAUCGGAUGAUGAUUCUUCUUCUCCGGCUGAAUUAGUUGCUCUGCUUAACGGCACUAUUUGUCUCGAAGAACCCAUCUCCGGGAAGGUUCUAUGGUCCUUCUCAUCUGGCUCUCCGAUCUACUCUUCCUAUCAAUCCCCUUUUCUGGGCCAAGCCGCCGGCGAUCAAGACAACAGCAUUUUUGGACCCAAUUCUGCUUUCUUCCUUGACUAUGGAGACGACUGGCAGCUCUACGCCCACGGCAAACAUUCUACCCGAAUGAAACUUCCCAAGGGCAUCGACGACUUCAUUAAGAUAACACCGCAUAUUUCCGAGGAUGGAACAGUAAUCCUGGGCUCCAAGAAAACCACUGUGUUUGCUCUUGAGGCCAAGAGUGGGAACUUAGUCCGAACUUACAGCUCCCCUGAUUCGUUACCACCACAUCAGAGAUAUGGUGGUGGUGAUGUGGAGAACAGUAAUGUCCGACCAGCAUCUAGCUCCAAAGAUGCUGCUGUUGACAUGAUUUAUGUCACGAGGACAGAUUAUGCGCUGGAAACUUUUGGUCCCAAUUCGGAUAAGGUAUUUUGGAAUGUGGAAGUGGCAACUGUGGAGGCUGCUUUUAUUUGUAAGUAUGAUGCUGCAGUUGGGGACGGUGAUUCUGUUGACACGUCGGGUUUGCUUUGUCAAUCAAAGCGGCUGGUAGUUCGAAGGCAGGAUAAGCCGCCUCAAGCUUCAAUCCCAGCUAUUGAUGGUGAAGAGAAGCUAAGGCUUCCUAGUUCUAAAUCUGGCUUUGCUUCUCCUACACAAUCUGAAGGGUACAAGGUGUCAGAUCUUGUUGCUGAUUCUGAAGAUACAGAAGGAAUGCUUGGUUUGUCAAAUGAUCCUGGGGAAAUUGUGCAGGAGGAAAUACGAGUGCUCCACAGUUUCAAGUGGUCAAAGUUUAUAUUUUUCGGUUUGUUUGCUAUCACCUUUUCAUUGGCCUUUGUGUUUUACCACCGUACGCUGCUGGCAACUGAGAAAGUAUCGUUGAAAGGUCAUUCUUUGUCUUCUAAAAAGAAGAGGAAUAGAAGAUUGGGGAAAAAGACUAACAGCGAUGCAGAUGUUAAUGAGGAUGGUAACAGAAUGUGGUUGAAUCUUAAUCAACUUACUGAUGAUCAUGAUGUGAAUGGGCGUAGAAUAGGUAAGUUAUAUGUAUCAGAUACUGAGAUUGCUAAGGGAAGUAAUGGAACCAUAGUGCUCGAGGGUAUUUAUGAAGGCAGGAGGGUUGCUGUUAAAAGGCUUGUCCAGGCUCAUCAUGAUGUGGCGUUCAAAGAAGUUCAGAAUCUCAUAGCAUCAGAUAGGCAUCCAAACAUUGUUCGAUGGUAUGGUGUGGAGUAUGAUAAGGAUUUUGUUUAUCUGUCACUAGAACGGUGUACCUGCAGCUUGAAUGAUUUGGUCCAGAUGUACUCCCGAUCUUCACCUUCCUCUGCGAGAGAACCAGCUAGGGUAGCUGCAAAAAAUAAUUCAGUGUUGGUUUCAGUUGCGACUGCUAUGAAGGACCUCAAUUUGUGGAAAGAAAAUGGUCAUCCAUCAGCUCUUCUCUUGGCACUCAUGAGGGAUAUGGUAUCUGGACUUGCACAUUUGCAUGAGCUAGGAAUAAUUCACAGGGACUUGAAGCCGCAAAAUGUAUUGAUAAGCAAGGAAAGAUCUUUGUGUGCAAAGCUUUCUGACAUGGGCAUAAGUAAGCGGCUGCUAGAAGAUAUGUCUUCGUUGGGCCAUCAAGCAACUGGAUGCGGUAGCUCAGGUUGGCAAGCGCCUGAACAGCUUCUCCAUGGGCGCCAAACACGUUCAGUGGAUUUAUUCGGCUUAGGCUGCGUCUUCUUUUUCUGCAUCACUGGUGGUAGACACCCGUUCGGCGAACCACUCGAACGUGAUAUCAAUAUAGUGAAGAACCAAAUCAAUCUAUACUUGUUAGAGCAUCUGCCGGAGGCUGAGAAUCUUAUUUCCAGUUUAUUAAACCCUGAACCUGAACUUAGACCAAAGGCGCACGAAGUUCUGCAGCAUCCCAUGUUCUGGAGUUCUGAGACGAGACUUUCAUUUCUACGAGACACCAGUGACAGGGUGGAACUAGAAGAUCGAGAGAGCAAUUCCGAUCUUUUGGCAGCAUUAGAGAGCGUUGCACCGACGGUGCUGGGAGGCGGAAAAUGGGAUGAGAAGAUGGAGCCCUCGUUCAUUAACAACGUCGGCCGUUAUCGUCGGUAUAAGUAUGACAGUGUGAGGGACUUGCUGCGCCUCAUGCGCAACAAGCUGAAUCACUACAGAGAGCUCCCUGAAGAAAUCCAGGAGGUAGUUGGACCAGUUCCAGACGGCUAUGACGGGUAUUUCGCCACUCGAUUCCCAAAGCUGUUGAUCGAAGUUUACCAAGUUGCUCGGAGAUACCUUGUAGAAGAGGAAUGCUUUCGCAAGUACUUCGAAACGGUUUGAUUUGGAUUUCGAGGUGCUCUGUAGCUGCCAUGGAGCCUGGAAGCAGCAUGUGAUUAUAUUAUAGGUACUGUAAAUAAGAUCUGUAAGACUUCUAAUGAUACUGUAAUCAUAUUUCAAGCAACUUCAUCUAAUAUAAUUUCCUUCAGCCU